CAGAGGGGAACAGGUGGUACAGGCCGGGCCGGGCCUCGCCGCUUGUUUACGCGGCCGCUCUCGAAAUCGUUUCUGCGAAAUGGCGCAAGGCCGGAACAGACCCCGCUCCCCCACUCGCCCCCCCCCCCCCCCCCCACCCCGGGGGCUCGCCUAUAUACCGGCCCGGAGCCCCCCGCCGCCCAGCGGGAGUCGGGGCGCAGGUUCGAGCAUCCGCUGAGGGACCCAUAGCACCGUGGUACAAGACUUAUUUAUUGAAAUAUUUUCUGCAAUGAAGUAGGCAAGCAACAUAGAAAAGGUGUAAUUAUUUAUAAGUAAUGACAGUUCAUUUAUCUUUAGACGCAUAUUUGUUCUUUGUGAUUAACCCAAAAAGUCUUUGGUGGAAGCAAAGAAACAAAUACCUGUAUUUGUAUAGACCUAAAGUUUGCUGGAGGAUAAAUCAUGCCGUUCACCCGAGAGUUUUUCAUACAAGUGAGCCUCGGUGUAAAUGGGCCAGAAGCAGAACAUUUUGGUAUAAUAAAUACAUUUACAGCCAUGACUUUUUAUACUACAGAGUUUCUAAACUAUUAACUUCUUCUUCCAAAGGACUUACAAAAGUGAGCAAUCGCAUGUCACGAAUUAGGAAUACUCUAGAAUCUGUUUCAAAGGCAGUGUCUGGCACUCACAGUGAACUGGUUUCACGGAUAGCUCAAUUAAAGUCACACUCAGGUACUCUGGGAAAAGCAAAUAAAAGUAAUGCAGAUGCAAGUAACACCAAUGCAAAUCUAGAAAAUGAUAAACAAGUCACAGAUGCCAGAACUUGGGAGGAUUGCGACAGAGGCCCAGCUGCAAAGAAAUCCACGUGUGCAAAUAAGAACUUGGACUCUAUGUUGGUAAGCUCAAGUGGCACUUAUCAAGAUUCUCCAGAAGAUUCAGCGUCUACUGAAAACUACCUUUUUCAUGUAAGCUACUUUUCUACAAAUUUUGGAGAGACUUACAACUUCAUAGCUGAUCAUAUCAACUGGUACUUUAAUAAUAAGUCUGUUAUGGAUCAAGAGAAAAAAAGGAAUGCUUUAUUACAGGACUCUAAAAGUGAAGAGAGAGAUAAGCUUGAUUCAUCAGAAGAUACUGUAAUGAGUGAAGAAAAGACAGCGGAUUCAGCAGCUGCUCUAGCUCAUGAAGCAGAGAAUCUGGGUGCUGAAAAGACAAAUACUGCUCUUCCUAUUUCCACUAAAAAAAGCAUUGCAAACUUUCUUUCAUCUCCCAGUAACAGUGUACAAGCUUUUGUAGACAGUUACAUUGGUGGGUUGGUUCCCAAGUUAAGAUCCGAUACAAAAGUUGUUUCACAAGAAAAGAGUAAAGAGCCAGAAGUGCUUGAGAAGGAUGAAGAGGACAAAGUGAAAGAGGCUAAGACCACAGAAGAGCGGGAAAAGCAUUUGUCUCUUCAGAGAGAAAAGAUUAUUGCAAGAGUAAGUAUUGAUAACAGGACUCGAGCUUUAGUGCAAGCCCUGCGAAGAUCCUCUAAUCGAAGAGUCUGUAUCAGCAGGGUUGAAGAGCUGACCUAUCAUCUUCUAGAAUUUCCAGAGAGCAGAGGAGUUGCAAUUAAGGAAAAAUUAAUCCCGUGCCUAUUGCGACUGAGACAGGCAAAUGACGAAAGUCUUCAGGCUGCCGUUAGAGAGACUUUAGCUAUAAUUGGAUAUACAGACCCUGUGAAAGGCUGGGGAAUUCGAGUCCUUGCUAUUGAUGGAGGAGGAACAAGGGGUUUAGUUGCACUUCAGACUUUACGGAAACUGGAAGAACUAACUGGAAAGCCUGUUCAUCAACUUUUUGACUACAUAUGUGGUGUAAGCACAGGAGCUAUAUUAGCUUUUAUGUUGGGUUUGUUCCAUAUCCCUCUGGAUGAUUGUGAAGAACUGUAUCGCAAAUUAGGAUCAGAUGUUUUUAAGCAGAAUGUCAUUGUUGGAACAGUCAAAAUGGGUUGGAGCCAUGCCUUUUAUGAUAGUGAUAUAUGGGAAAAACUGCUCAAAGAAAAAAUGGGCUCAAAUCUUAUGAUUGAAACUGCAAGAAAUUCCAAAUGUCCAAAGGUAGCUGCAGUAAGCACCAUUGUAAACAGAGGAACACCACUGAAAGCAUUUGUUUUUAGAAACUAUAAUCACUUUCCUGGUGUUAAGUCUCAUUAUAUCGGAGGCUGUCAGUAUAAACUGUGGCAGGCCAUUAGAGCAUCAUCUGCUGCACCAGGUUACUUCCAGGAAUAUGUUUUGGGUAACGAUCUUCAUCAGGAUGGAGGUCUGCUUCUGAAUAAUCCUUCUGCACUGGCAGUUCAUGAGUGCAAGUGUCUUUGGCCAAAUGUUCCAUUGCAGUGUCUAGUAUCACUAGGCACUGGUCGAUAUGAAAGCGAGGGAAAGACCAGUGUCACACACACCAGUCUGAAAGCCAAACUCACAAAUGUUAUCAGUAGCGCAACUGAUACAGAAGAAGUUCACACCAUGCUGGAUGCACUGUUACCUCCAGAUACUUAUUUCAGAUUUAACCCUCUUAUGAAUGAGGACAUACCGCUGGAUGAAAGUCGUAAAGAGAAACUCAAUCAGCUGCAGACAGAUGGAAUUCGUUAUUUAGAACGAAAUGAAGAAAAACUGAGAAAAGCUGCAAAAACAUUAACACAAGAAAAAACAACUUUGCAGAGACUUCAGGACUGGAUAAGAUUAAAGGCUGACAUGUAUGAAGGCCUUCCAUUUCUUUCCAAAUUGUGAAUAUGUAAUGCAUGAAAGAUGAUAAAUGUAAAUCUUGUUCCAGAAAAUCCGUUCAGUACUGUAAGGGAAGAAUGUUUGUUGAGGGUAAGUAACAUCUUUGGAAAGCUAUCAGAACUCUGGAGAAAGCAAUUCAGGAUGGCUGGUUUGCGUACACUUACUUGAUGCAAUGUUUUAUGGUGUUAAUUAUUUUUUGAACUUUACAGAUCUUACUGUUGCUCUACUUAAGUCUCGUAAGUCUGUAAAACUGAAAAUUAUGAAAACAAAUGUGGUUUGCUUUUUUAGAUGUAUGUACCAUAAUUAUGGUGGCAGUAAAACUUUAUCGACUACCAGGCUUACUCAAUAUUAACAAAAAAUAAAAUCCUCCUUCACUUUAGCGUAGGCAGUAUACCUGUUAGGCUCUUGUGUAGCCAGUGAAUUUAACAGAAAUGUUCCUACAAAAACAUUGCCUGUAUUAAUUGCACUUUUACAUUUGAAAGGUAACAUUUAAAUUCUUUUUUUAUUUUCAGUGGGUUUUGUACAUAACAGUAUUGAGUAAAAUGUUUGGAUGACUAUAAAUGGCAUAUUAAAUUAUCAAAAUUAACUGAUAUUUUUUGGGCUUGCUGCUUGUUUUUAUUGGGAUAACUUCAGUGUGGUUCACCCAGUAUUUGAAAAUAACCCCAAGCCCCAAAACCUCACUUGAGCAGCUCUUCCUGUCACAUGAUAAAGGAAAUAAAAUCUUGAACUAG